AGCUGCACCCGCCCGCAGCGCCACUAGCACAGAGCAGGCUUCAGUCCGACCCUCCCUCGCAAGCAGCAGCAGGAGCCCGGCUCGGAGGAGCAGCAGGGGGAGCACGAGCAGCAGCCGCAGGGGGAGCAGGCGCCCGGCUCGGAGCAGAGAACAGGAACCGGGAGCAGCGGGAGGGUCUGGCGGCGCCGCCGAGCCUGACGCGGCCGCGGCAAGACCCAGGCACGCGGAACCGAGGAUGUGGCGGCGGUAGCGGGGCAGUAACCGCCGCCGGCCUCUGUCCCCCCGCGCAGCCCUCCUGGGCUCCGGCCGCCGCGCGGCUCCUAGGAGCAGGAGCGGCGUGUGCCCGGCCAGCAAGCCCCCGCCCUCCCAGAGGACCGGGGCGCCGGCGACACGGGCCGCUCCGGCAGCAGUAGGCUUUGGCGUCGGAUGCAUGUGUUACGCCAGCCCGGUGCUGCCGAGGCCUGGACUCCGCUGGAAGAGAGCAGAGCAGAGCAGGGCGAGGAGGGGGCGGGCGAUCUCCGGACACCAGAGGCGGCUCCAUUGUGGCUCAGUUUUUACCAGAUUCGUGCAUCUAUGAAAAUUCCUCCAAGAGUUCCGCACAAAUUAGAAGCCAGCUUGUUACCUGUGACAGGUGCUGAUCUUGCCUUUCCAGCUUCAGUCCAUGACAAUGUAAUUUGCAGUAAAACAUUUCAAAUUCUUUACAAAAAUGAGGAGGUUUCUGUGAAUGAUGUUAUGAUCUUCAAAAUUAAAAUGCUCUUAGAUGAACGGAAGAUUGAAGAAUCCCUUAAUGAAAUGAAUUUCCUGCUAUCCUUAGAUCUAUACUUCACAGACACAGAUUAUUCGCCAGAUGAUCUGAGCACACUGCAACUAAUUAGUAGCCGAACUUUAAAGUUGCACUUUAGCUUACACCAGGGCCUUCAUCACUACGUCAAUGUUAUGUUUGAUUACUUCCACCUCUCUGUCAUAUCUGUUACAGUCCAUGCUUCUUUGGUUGCUCUACACCAGCCAUUGAUAAGCUUUCCCCGCCCCAUGAAGAAUACUUGGUUAAACAGGAACACACCAGCACAGAACAGGGACACUGUGAUUCCUACUCUUGAAAGUGUGGUCUUCGGCAAUAACUAUACAAAACAAUUAUCAGCAGAUGGUUGCAGUUUUGUGAUUGCGGAGUCCUUCCUGAAUCAUGCCUACAAUCUCCACUAUACACUUUGUGCCAGUUUGCUGCUUGCAUUUAAAGGGUUACACAGCUAUUUCAUCAUGGUAGCAAAGGAGCUCCCCUCCUCUCACCGAAUAGAACUGGAGAACAUAGAUGUAGAAGCUCGCCUUACAGAACUGUGUGAAGAAGUAAAGAAAAUGGAAAAUCCUGAUGAACUGGCAGAACUUAUAAACAUGAAUCUUGCACAGCUUUGCUCUCUUCUGAUGGCUCUGUGGGGGCAAUUUCUAGAGAUCAUUACCUUGCAGGAGGAAGUCACAGCAUUACUAGCACAAGAACAUCACACAUUGAGGGUACGAAGGUUUUCCGAAGCAUUCUUUUGUCUUGAGCAUCCAAGGCAAGCUGCUCUUGCAUAUCAAGAACUACAUGCUCAGAGUCAUCUACAGAUGUGUACAGCUAUCAAAAACACCUCCUUCUGCAGUUCUCUUCCACCUCUUCCUAUUGAAUGCAGUGAACUAGAUGGAGACCUGAACUCAUUACCUAUAAUCUUUGAAGAUCGGUAUUUAGAUUCCAUUACUGAAGAUUUGGAUGUACCCUGGUUGGCAGUAGAAAAUCUUCAGAGGUCAGAGUCCAAUAAGCUGGAUAAAUUUGAGGCCGAAGAAGGUUUUGUAGCUGGUUUUUCUAGCCCGGAGUUGAAAAUCAGACCUGCAGGUGCCUCCAACAUUUGGCAUUCAGAAAGUGAAAAGCAGCUAACAAAGUCUUUGAAAGGGAAAAAUGAAGAUGUAAACAAAUCCAAAGUUAAGGUUACUAAACUAAUGAAAACAAUGAAAACUGAAAACACAAAAAAAAUAGUAAAACAGAACUCUAAGGACUCUGUGGUCUUAGUAGGCUACAAAUGUUUGAAAAACACAGCACCAGAGGACGUCUCUAAAUGCUAUGAAGGCAGGCCUUCGUCUCAUCAGAAAGGACUGGAUCCUGCAAUAGGUGGCUUUGCUUGUGACACAAGGACCUGCACGAGGCAAAUAAGUCAAAAAGAACUUAGAUGUGUGCCAUCUAGAACUGAACAAAAAUCUGCCCAAACUGACCAUGUUCAGCAAAGCCAGUGUAGUCCUGUGGUCUCUAAUUGUGCAAAUUCCACCAUUUUUGGCAGAGUUAAUAUCUCCCAGGCAGGUACUGGAGUUACACAGGUGGAUAGCAUUUUGACACCUACAAGCAUAGUUGAAGGUUGUCCUGGCUGUCAGCCAACUUCAUCAGGAAUGAGGACAGUUGAGGUCAAACCAAGUAACAAGAAUCUUUAUGAAGGGGAGAAAGUGACUGUUCGUAUUGGAUCCUGGGCAGAAUUUCUGCAAGAUGGAGAGAAUUUACAGGUGCCCAACUUUCAGACUGCAGAAUCUGGAAGUAAAGCUAACUCGGGGGAACAGGUACUGGUGCUUGAAAAGGAUGAUGUGCAAGAAACGAACUACCAACAUACUGGAGAUGCAUUGACAAGAGUAAAAAGCAAUCAUUCUGCUCUUUCUACAAAAGAGACUCAUGUUGCCAUAAGUGGAGACACGAUUAAGUUACCAGAUGUUAGUGUCACUUAUGCCUCAUCUAGGUUUUCAGAUUCAGGUGUAGAAAGUGAACCUAGCUCUUUUGCAACACACUCCAACCCUGAUGUAUUUUUUGAAACCAUUCAAGGGCAAAGUGCUUACAAUAGUGAAAAACUAUUUCCUCAGCUUUUACUAAAACCAGAUUACAUAAAAAAUGCAAUAGAAAGCUAUUGUACUGAGAGUACUAGUGCACUGAGCGAAAUACAGUCAUCCCUGACAUCCAUAAAUUCUCUACCGUCAGAUGAUGAUGAGCUUUCACCUGAUGAAAAUUCAAAGAUAUCGAUUGUACCUGAAUGCCAACUAAGUGACAGCAAAACUAUAUUAGAUCUGGGAACAAUUGAUUUGCCAAAAUGUGAUGACAAUAAAAAAUCAAAUAUCAUUUUACAGCAACAGUGUGUUGUAUUUUCAGGGUAUUCAGACAAUGAAACUGUCUCUCUACAUUCCUCACUUUCAAACUUAAAAGAUUCUUUACAGUUGGUUGCUUCAGAAGAAGAUAUAUCUACUGAGAUGAAAAGUUACAGCUCACGUGCAAACUUUGACACAGUUUUUAAGGACUCUCAAAGCCUUGAUAGGCAACAGAACACUACAGAAGGAGCAACUGAAUUACAUUCAGAAGUUAUUUAUCUGGGAGAACCAUGUGUUGUUUCAGGUUCAGUAUCUAGUAAUGCUAAGUGUAAUGUAGAGAAAACAAAUGAGGGACAACAUAACAAACCUCUAGAAUUAAGGCAAACAAUUGAGGAACUGCCAACAGUUGAAAGUGAGACUCACCCAGAUGCAAAUCAUCUCUCAUCAACCAGUAGUAUCGAUAUUGUGAAACAAGGUCUUGUAGAAAACUACUUUGGCUCUAGAAGCAGUACAGAUAUUUCUGAUAUUUGCCCUACUGACAACAGCAAUCCUGAUAGUCCUCAAAAGGAAACAUCUGAAAAACAAACAGUUGGCUCUUCACAACAGGAGGAUGAUGAGGAGGAGGAGGAGGAGCAGGAUCAAGAAAUGGUUGAAAAUGGGUAUUAUGAGGAAACGGAUGAUAGUAAUAUUUUAGAUGGAGAUACAAAUGCUGACUUUGAGCAGAAUCAUGGUCUAAUGGAAGAAAAAACUUUGAGAUCUGAAAGGAUUGACAGCGAACAUCUAAGGGAUGGAAUGAAUAUGGCUCCUAUCUGUACUCCUGGUUGUUUGUCUUUUCCCUCUGUGCUGAGAGACUCUCCUUGCAGUGUUAUAUGUUCUUCAAAAAGCAAAUCUGAUGCAAUAACAAAACAGCCAGGCAGCACAUCCUGCAGCUCAGCUUCAUCUGUUUCCUGGUAUGAAAGCUCCCCCAAACCUCAAAUGCUAGCUUUUCUCCAGGCUAAAGAGGAAUUAAAGCAACUUAAACUCCCUGGAUUUAUGUAUAGUGAUGUUCUCAGACUGGCUUCAUCAGCACCUUAUUUCAGCACAGAAGAGGAUGAAGGUUCAGAAGAUGGAAUACAUCUUGUAGUCUGUGUUCAUGGCCUAGAUGGUAAUAGUGCAGAUCUAAGAUUAGUGAAGACUUACAUUGAGCUUGGACUACCUGGAGGACGAAUAGAUUUUCUUAUGUCUGAGAGGAACCAGAAUGAUACCUUUGCUGAUUUUGACUCCAUGACUGAUCGCCUUUUAGAUGAAAUAAUACAAUAUAUUCAAAUUUACAACCUAACAAUUUCAAAAAUCAGUUUUAUUGGACAUUCGCUGGGCAAUUUAAUAAUCCGUUCAGUACUCACAAGACCUCGAUUUAAAUAUUACCUCAACAAACUUCACACCUUCCUGUCUCUCUCUGGACCACAUCUUGGUACCCUCUACAACAGCAGUGCUCUUGUUAAUACAGGUCUCUGGUUUAUGCAGAAGUGGAAAAAGUCGGGUUCUUUAUUACAAUUGACAUGUCGAGAUCAUUCAGACCCGCGGCAAACCUUCUUGUACAAACUUAGUAAAAAAGCAGGUCUUCAUUACUUCAAAAACAUAGUGCUAGUCGGAUCCCUGCAGGAUCGUUAUGUUCCUUAUCACUCUGCUCGCAUAGAGAUGUGCAAAACAGCUUUGAAAGAUAAACAAUCAGGACCAAUUUAUGCAGAAAUGAUCCAGAACCUGCUUCUGCCAGUUCUUCAAAACAAGGAAUGUAAUUUGGUCCGUUACAAUGUCAUCAAUGCAUUGCCCAAUACAGCCGAUUCUCUCAUAGGGAGAGCUGCACACAUUGCUGUUCUUGAUUCAGAAAUAUUUUUAGAAAAGUUCUUUCUGGUUGCUGCCCUAAAAUAUUUCCAGUAGAAGAAAAGCAUUGUAAGAGACUUGACUAUUACCUCAUUAACAGAUGAAUCAAAUAAUGUGUGGUAUUGAAGUAUAGCUGCAGCUGUAUUUUAAGAGAUAUUUAUACUUUUGUAUGGAAGAUAAUUUAUAUCAUCCAUGUUUAGAGCUUUUUUAACAUCAAUUUUACUUUCUAGGUAAUGUGGCUGUGCAAUAUUUUUUUAUUUGAUUCUUUUUACCUUUCUAUUACUUUUUCUUAAUUUUUGGGUACCUAAUUGAAUGGAGAUUAAAUUACAGUAUGUACAUUUGGUUGGUUUAUUAUUGGUUCUUAGACUACAAAAGUCAAUGCUAUAUGGCUACGUUUGAAUAGAGGCAUGGAUGCCAAAAUAAAUUGGAAUUUAAAAAUUCUAAUAAAGUAUUAUGCAUCUGAUUGUUAUAUUUUAGCAUUGUAGAAAGUCUAACUGGAAAAAACAAUUAGCUGCUAAAAUAUCAUACAUUGAAAACAGCUGUAUCUGAAAUCCUGGUAAAGACCAUUAUUUUAAUGAGCAAACUGAGUCGUCUGUUCAGAUAUCACUACAGCCUAAUAAUUUUCUUUAAAAUCAUCAUCAUUAUUAAACAUGUUAUGCCUGUGGAAAUACAUUUUCUACUGAUGAUCUCAAAAACAUGUUGGUUUACAUAUUCACUUAUAUUACUGGAACUUUAGUGUUCAGAAGUAAGCGGCAAUUAGGGAUUUUUGAAUGUUUAACUAAACGACAGCUGCCUUCUAAUAAUUGGGGUUUUGCAAAUUAAAUAAAAUUGCUCUUACUCUGUCAGUUCAGUUCUUCAAAUGAACCUUUUACAUGGACUUCCUUGUAUGUACGUAAAAUAAGUAAAUGUAAUAAAUUUCUGCAAUACUUUUAUGAAUUUAGAUAAUUUUUGAAUAUUCUUAAAAUGUUUUGUUGAUUACAAAGUAUUGUAAAUAUAAAUCAAGGUAUCUUGAAAUGGAACAAAAUUAUAAACUUUACAUGUUUAGUGAUGCAGAUAAAAUGUUUUUGAUAUACAGGAAUGUUAAAGGUCUGUUGACUUUUUACUGGUGCUGAAUAGCAUUGAGUUCAAUUCCUCCUCCCUACCCCUUUAUCUGUUUAAAACAGUAAUGCACUAAAUGUGGAAAGGAGGUAAUAUGUGCAUUCACUAAUUGUAAUGAACAGAAUUUUUUGAAAAAUAUAAAUUGGUUGUAUAACUAAUGCAUGUUUAUUUUUAGCAUUGUGUUAUUGCAUCUGGUGUUAAUAAAAUGAACAAAUGACUCUACUA